CGGUAACAGGCACGAGCCGCCGGGCGCGCAGGAGAAGCCGCAAAAUAACAGCAAGCCACUGAAACUGCGAGGAGAGCUUUGAAACUUCACCGUUCACGGCCAGAGGCUAAAAAUGGGAGGCAAGCUCAGCAAAAAGAAGAAGGGAUACAACGUAAACGAUGACAAGGCCAAAGACAAGGACGCCAAAGCGGAGGGGGCGUCCGCUGAGGAAAGCGAAGCGCCGAAGGACAACAAGGACGAGGCCCCGGCCGCCACCGACACCAAGGAGGUAGCGAACAACACGGCGGCCAAGGAGGCGCCCGCUGCCGACGCCGCGGCGCCCAAAGAGGAAGAGAAGAAUGCCGCCGCGAAGGAGCCCGAGAAACCUGCCGCCAACGCCGAGGCGAAAGCAGAGGCGCCCAAGAGCGCCGAGCCCGCCAAGGCCGAGGAGAAACCGGCGGCCGCGGCCCCGGCGAAAGAGUCGGCCCCCGCCGCCAAGGAGCCGGAGGCCAAGGCCGCGGCUCCCGAGAGCAAAGAUGAGGCCGACGCCAAAAAGACUGAGGCCCCCGCGGCUCCAGCAGCCAAAGCCGAGGCGGCCCCCGCCACCUCCCCCGACCCCAAGCCCACAGAGGCGGCGGCGGCCACCCCCGCCCCGGCAAAGGAGGCCGCCGCGGCCCCUAGUUCAACACCAGCCGCCGAACCUGCCGCACCGGGCAAGGAGGCGAACGCCACAGAGGCACCAAGCAAGGAUCAAACCGUAGCAGUUCAAGAUUAAUGGACAGCUUCUUUUCGGAAAUGAAAAAUUAAGUACCUAACACAACAACGACGAAGUUAAAAAAAAGAAAAAAAAGAUGAAAAUAAAAUUAACUAGCCCACCCAUAUUAUGAUAAUAACAAUAAUAAUAAUAAUUGUAGCAAUGACGAUGAUGAUGAUGAUGAUGAUGAUGAUGAUGACGUGUUGAAGGAGGAGGACUGGGACAACCACCUCGAGAAGAAGAGUCUCCCACUGCUGCAGAUGAUUAUUACUAUUAUUAUUGUUAUGUUUAUUCUAUUUUUUUCUGCUGUAGUAUUUGAACUUUGAUACGAGUCUGUGUCGGCCAUGCGCCUCUCCAUUCCACCUCCAUCACCCCCCUCCUCCUCCUCCUCCCACCCCCUGCCUCCCCCCUCCCUCACACGCUCAAGGGGUUUACCCUGACUCCCAGGUCGUCCUGUCCCGUGUUCACCUGGAGCGCCUGCGGCUGACGUCUGAAAGCGAAGCCGGGAAACGGGACAGAGGGGGGGCUUAACAAUCUCUUUACCAGCUGGACUCGCAUUUAAUCCGUCCAAACUCCAACCUCCCCCCCCUCCCCGCUUCCUCUGCAGAGCGCCGUGUCCUUGGCUUUGGCCCGGUACCUCCUCUUUUUCGGUGCCGUGGAAUAAUUAUGGUCACGCCCUUUUUUUAAAACCCCCGUAGUCUGCAGCUUUUUGGUAUUUUGGAUUGUUUUUUGCGGUGAUCGUGGUUGCCCUGUUAACUCGCUACCUGUUUUCCCCUCGGGGGGUCGACGCCACUUUUUUUCCUUAACGGCCAGAGCUCAGAGGAACUUUUCUUGCACCGGGAGGACAAUUUUCGUCGAGAGAGAGAGGAUCGAGAGCCUUCAGGCGUUCUAAGGCAUUCCAGCGGUCGAAGGAAAGGCAGGCGAUACAGAAUCCAACCCGCGCACCACGCUAAGAAAUUUUUUCGGAUUACCUUCUAGAUUUUGUACCGAGACCCUUAGUUAUAUUGUAGAUGUGCUAAGCGGUUUUUUAAUGUUUGUAAUACUCGUAGAAAACCUGAAAAGCCUCUGCUGAGGUUUUCGGGGAUCUGCAAUGUUCUUAGGAAGUCUGACGGAAAUCCUCUGUUCCUCUUUCCAAAAUCUGACAAAGUCUGUGUUUUUUCCUCAACGGCCCCUUCUAGACGAGAUGAUUUCCAUUAUUUGUUUUUAGAAGACAUAUCUCUGUCACAGGCCUCGGCAAAACAGCAGCCCCAAAUCCAUUUUGAAGAGAUUUCGUUUUAACCGCUUAGAGAUGUUUGGAGAUUCAGGUUGACGUCGGUAAAUCUCUCAAAAGCAGACGUUACCGACUUCCGAAGGCGUUCCUGCGAUUGUCGCAAACGUCCGGCCCUCGCUGCGUCGCCCCAAACCUCGAGCGCUUGCCGUCUAAGCGGGCUAAAACAACCCGGCGGGUGUGUUUUGUCCAGGUAUGUUUUUUUUUUUUUUUUUUUUAAUCAGCGUAGCUCAGCGGCUCUCGGUCCACAAACGAAGGACGAAGGAACCGUAAACGCAUGAGAAGAAACGAACCAUCAGCAACCUGUUUGAGCUACUGUGGUCCAUGCACUGCAAAAAAUAAAAAUAAAUAAAAAAAAAAAAAAAAAAAAAAA